CGGGUGUGAAUCGAACCCGCCCGGGCCCUGACGCGUUGCCCGGGCAACCGUGUCGGGAACUACAGCUCCCAGCGCGCCCCGCGGCCCCGCACUUCCGGCAUCCGGCGGCGCGGGAGAAGACAGCGGAGGGACAUGGCGAGCUCGGGGAACUCCACGGUCAGGGUGGAGGCGGGGAUGCUCAGAGGGGCGCCGAGGGACCGCGUCCACCUGCUCCCGGUCGACAUCGAGUCCGACGGCAACGCCAGAGUCGACCAGUACUUCACACCGGCGGUCCAGGAACGUGAUGGCGAGCUGCUGGUGUCCUAUCGUGGCCGGGCCCUGCGGGGUCGGGAUCUCCCUGUGCCCGCCGGCUAUGUCGGGCUCGUUCUGAGGGAGGACCGGGAGCCGUGCUCGGACGAGGAGGAGCGCACCGUCAGGGUGAAAUCGGCCUUCUCAUCGCUGACCUACUGGAACCUGGAGACCCGACCGACAGCAGAUGACAGCGUGGUCAUGGCGAUGACCUGGCCCAGAUCGCCCCAAGCCAUCCACGCCCCCAGUGGGAGGAGAAUGAGGCGGCAAAAUCACACCGGGCCCCUCUGCUGCAGAGAGAAAACUUCCUCGCAGCCGUUUAGCGCCCUCGUGAUGGUUGUGCACCUCCCAAAUAAAGUGUUUUUAAACUUUUCGGUAUAA